UUUUUGCCACAGCUCGCAUUGAUGUGCCAUCCUGGAUGAACUGCACUACCUGAGCCACUUGUGUGGGUUGUAGACUCCGUCUCAUGCUACCACUAGAGUGAGAGCACCGCCAGCAUUCAAAAGUGACCAAAACAUCAGCCAGGAAGCAUAGGAACUGAGAAGUGGUCUGUGGUCACCACCUGCAGAAUCACUCCUUUUUUGGGGGUGUCUUGCUAAUUGCCUAUAAUUUCCACCUUUUGUCUAUCCAUUUUCACAACAGCAUGUGAAAUGUAUUGUCAAUCAGUGUUGCUUCCUAAGUGGACAAUUUGAUUUCACAGAAGUGUGAUUGACUUGGAGUUACAUUGUGUUGUUUAAGUGUUCCCUUUAUUUUUUUGAGCAGUGUAUUAGAUAAGUAUUCAACCCCCUGAGUCAAUGUUAGAAUCACCUUUGACAGUGAUUACAGCUUUGAGUCUUUCUGGGUAAGUCUAAGCACAUUGCACACUAGGUUUGUACAAUAUAUAUCCGUUCUUGAAAAACAAAUCGUCAAGUUGGUUGUUGAGCAUUGCUAGACAGCCAUUUUCAAGUUUUGCGAUAGAUUUUCAAGCCAAUUUAAGUUAACUAUCUAGGCCACUCAGGAACAUUCAAUGUUGGCUUGGUAAGCAACUCCAGUGUGUAUUUGGCCUUGUGUUUUAGGUUAUUGACCUGCUGAAAGGUGAAUUUGUCUCGCAGUGUCUGUUGGAAAGCAGGCUAAACCAGGUUCCCUCUCGGAUUUUGCCUGUGCUUAGCGCUUUUACCUGACUUUUUAUCCCCCCCCAAAAUUCCCUAGUCCUUGCCAAUGGCAAGCAUACUGAUAACGUGAUGCAGCCACCACCAUUCUUGAAUAUUUGAAGUGGUACCCUGUCAUGUGUUGGCUUUGCCCCAAACAUAAUACUUUGUAGUCAGGACAAAAAAAUGUAUUUCUUUGCCACAUUUUUUUUGUAGUAUUACUAUAGUGUCUUUAUUGAAAACAGGAUGUGUUUUGGAAUAUUUUUUAUUCUGUACAGGCUUCCUUUUCACUGUUAUUUUAUGUUAGUAUUGUGGAAUAACUACAAUAUUGUUGAUCCAUCCUCUGUUAUUGCCCAGCACAGCCAUUAAACUCUAACUGUUUUAAAGUCCCCAUUGGCCUCAUGGUAAGGUCCCUGAGCAGUUUCCUUCCUCUCCGGCAGCUGCGUUAGGAAGGACGCCUGUAUCUUUGUAGUGACUGGGUGUACACCAAAGUGUACAAUUUACCUGCACCAUGCUCAAAUGGAUAUUAAAUGUUUUUUUUACCCAUCUAACAAUCAAUAGUCUUCUUUGCAAACCAUAGGAAAACCUCCCUUGUCUUUGUGGUUGAAUCUGUGCUUGAAAUUCACUGCUUGUACAAUUCUGUAUGUGGGGUACAGAGGGGUUAGUCAUUUCAAGAUUGUUAAACACUUGUGCACGGUGAGUCCAUGCAACUUAUGGGCAUAGUUAAGCAAAUGUUUACUUGUGAAUUUAUUUAGGCUUGGUGUAAAAGGUUGAAUAUUUAAUGACUUGAGACAUUUCAGCUUUUCCUUUUGAAUUUAAUUGUUAAACAUUUCUGAAAACAUAAUUUCACUAUGACUGAGGUAUUUGUGUCACUGUUCUACACACAUUUCAAUUUAAUCCAGUUUAAAUCCAGACUGUAAUAACAAAGUGGAAAAAGUAGAGGGGUGUGAACACUUUCAAGGCACUGUAAAUUCUGUAAGUAAAGAUGGCAUCUACUGCAUUUUCCAAUAGCAAAGCUCUUUUCUGUAUGAAACAGGCAGUACUAGGUGAGAUAUAUGGGCCAAUAUCCUACUGUGUUGUAUGAUGCAGCAGAGGGGAACCCUGCACUGUUAAAGGUGCCACAUGGUCAAUUGGACGCCUGCGGUGGCCAUGAAGCGUUUAUGGUGAUACGGCCUCUGCAGAAAUCAAGGCAUUCAAACUUCUUGCGCUUUGCCAAGCAACGCAGAGCUGUUGUGAAGUGAGUGUGGUUGACAUUUGGUCCUGUAUAAACGGUCAUGUCAAUGCGUAGUUAUACGGGGCCCCCUCCCCAUUGUUGCAACAUUUGUGGUAUGGAGUUCAAUUUGCACUCUACGCCUCCAGAGGCUCUGUGAUUGUGUCAGACCAUCUAUAUGGUGCCUCCACCUCAUUUUCGGAUUCAGCCUAAAUUGGCUUUUAACUGGGAACGUAAUGACAUUAGCACUUCUGGAAAUGUGUGGGCAUUUCAUAUUUUAACCUGUCAAUAGAGAAUGCAGUCAGUGUUAUCGCUGCACUUCAACCAUAGAUGUGUCCCCUGUCAAUUCUACUCUAACUACCAACAUAAAUUGUGGUUAUAUGGUUUGUUAAUUAAUUUACUUUGAUUAGUCUUAUCAACAUGCAGAUUUUCCCCACUGUGUUACAGAUCUUUUUGGGUUCUUCAGACACAAAGCAAUGGGGAUAAGAGGUUGCACUAAAAGAGCAAAGCCUAACUAACAACAUCACUAAGCCAUGCAAGACUCAUAGAUGACACUGGAUUUCCCCACACAUUAUUCUUCAGUUCCAGGCUAGAGCAGAUGCAGCCUGGGAUCCCCAACACUGAUUCACCCCCCCCCACUAGGUUGAUAUCCCGAGCGCGUUUCAGUGCCUGCUUCCGGAGACCCACUGCUCCGUGGAGAAGGCCCAUGUUAUGCCAGUCCAGUAGAAGCCAAGAGCAAGGAAAGCGUGUGUCUGUCAGACUGCGUUACACCAGGGCGACAGUGACGGUCAGCCCCGGGGCCCUAGUCAGAGUCGUUGCUACCCUCACUCCAUCCCUCCUCCAGGAGCUUCUACCAUGAUGUGUCAUGAAAAGAACAGUUACCCUCUCUCUCUUGCUCCCCCCCCCUUGGCAUGCUGAAGCGUUUGGGUCGCACCAUGUGACCGGUCAUGUCCCAUUAAGUUACUAAGUAGGAUUACACAUCUUAUUACAUAAUUAAGUGAAUAUCCUCGUAAUACACCAUAUUAUGUCAUUAGGCUUUCAGUGUCAUGAUAAAGUAAAGCAUUUCCCCCUGCCUAACCCCUUCCCCCAUUCCAUAUAAUUUAGUCCUAUAUUUUAGAACCUAAAUACUAAUAGGAAUGUGUAUAUGACGUGUCAUUGAUGCAUACUGUCAAAUGGUAAGCUUUAAGUUAAGUAAACAUACUAUUACGACUUUUCUAUAUUAGCUUGGGGCUGUUGGGAGAAUCAGCAUAGUGCUACUGUGCCAAACUGACAUGCCUCUGAACUCGCUGCAAACCCUUUGAAGAAACAAGCUCCACUCAAUGAACCGUAGCUGCAGUAGAACAGAGUGCAGGGGGAAUCUGGGAGAGGUAGCUACACAGACUCCAGAUGAGGGUAACAGACAGAACAUUAGGACCCAUCGGCUUUUUGUUAUUGUCCCAGCCCCUCCUCUCCGGCGCCUCCCUAGUGCUGCAACUGAUGAUAAGACCUACUAGCACUGGCUCCUGUCAUAGACGGUCAACUCCAGGCCUUGGUGACUAUUGUUAUAGGCUGAGGAUGGCAUAAUUGGGGGAUUUUGUAAGGCUAAGGCUGAUCUAGCUGUUUUUUUUUGUGUUUCAUGACUGCAAUUCAUUAUAUAUUCUGCGGUGUCUGGGAGAAUGUAUAGUAUGUAAAGUGUAACCUUAAAGUGAUUUAACAUAAGUUCCCCUGUUUAGGUUUUAUUGUCCAACUCUUCAGAUAGGCUUCAUGGCUCUGAAUCGAUCAUCAUUAUUGGGUUGUGUGUUUCUUGUUUUUGUACUAACGUGUAAGUACAAAAAAAACGUGUACUUUGCUCUUUAUUUUUCUGUUAUUAUAUAUAUAGCCUGAUGCCUGGUCACUUUACCCUUCAUGUACAUAUCUUCUUCAAAUAGCUCAUACCUUUGCAGGCGGCAGGGUAGCCUAGUGGUUAGAGCGUUGGACUAGUAACCGAAGGGUUGCAAGUUCAAAUCCCCGAGCUGACAAGGUACAAAUCUGUCGUUCUGCCCCUGAACAGGCAGUUAACCCACUGUUCCUAGGCCGUCAUUGAAAAUAAGAAUUUGUUCUUAACUGACUUGCCUAGUUAAAUAAAGGUAAAAUAAAAUUAAAAUAAAUAUUGAAUCUUUCCUGGUAGUUCCUGUAUAUUAUUCCAUUCUUGUGUAUGAUAUUUUAUUCCUCUUGUGUUACUUUCAUUUGUAUUAUUAUUUGUCAAAUCUACUCUGCUGCAUCAUUGGGAAGGGCUCGUAAGCAAGAAUUACACGGUUAAGUCUACACCAGUUCUAUUCAGCACAUGUGACAAAUAAAAUUUGAGUAGAUUUGAUUAGAUUUAAGAUAUGUUAUGUUUUGGUGUGUGAUUCUUUCAUUCAACACAUGAUAAAGCCUUUCUUGCAGCAGCAAGACAUUAAUGUGUUGUAGUAACCACCACGGUUUUAGACUAGAGAAUCUGCUUGUUUAGAUGCUUUGGGAUGGAUGAUGGAUCCUCUCCAAAUGCAUCUUAUCCAAAAUCCUCGUUCCAUCUGCCAGCUAGCUCACAAAUGGUCCACACAGCAGGAUCAUGGCACACAGCUGCACUGCCUCUACAGUUCUGUGUGUUGAGUGUGUACAGUAUGUGUUGCGUAGCAUGCAGGGUAAGCUAUUCUGUCCACUCCACUCUGCACCAAGCACAGCUCACUGCCCAAGCCCUGUCCUUUUCUUCUUCACCUUUCCCAAUUGCCUUGCUAAGGCAGCCUCUGAGUAAGAUUGAUAAUACUUAUAACAUACAUUGUAGCUUGGUGUGAUGUAAUCAAAUCAUUGUUUUAAUAAGAGCAGUAGGUCUACAUGAUUGGAUAGUAGUAAUUUACUCAAACGAGUGCUUUGCAGGUAAUUUAUAUAAUGUUGCAUUACAGACAGAAACAAAGAUGGCAGACAGUAAUUGUAAUUACACGUGUAUAGUCUUUUGUUGUGAGACGUGGCGUGACAUGACCGUGCAGGUUCCCUGCAGGGAUGUCUUUGAGCUGCCAGCCAAGCUUCAGCUGAAUAUAAAUCAGGGAAAAGGUUUUCGCUGACGAGAAUCAGCUCUACUGGCUGAAAUUGUCUUGUUCAUAGUGCUUUUAGGCUUUAAUCCUCACCUCACCUUUAAUCCUCACCCAGUUAAACUAAUGAGGGCAAUGGAAUAUCCUUGUUGCAUAAUUGAACAUUUGAUAUUCAUCAAUAACCAAUUUUGAAAGAUUGGGACUAUAAGGUUUUAUCUGCAAAAAUAUAAUUCUGAGAUAAUUGGCUAUAACGUUCCAAACCCUCAUUGGUUUGAAUGGUGUCGGCAACUUAAAAACACACUGGAUAAAGAAAUUAGCCCUAAUUGAGGUCAGUAUCAUUGACAUCAGGUUAGGUCCUUAUUAAAAGUGGUUGGAUUAAAUCUACUAUGCAGCUUAAAAAGAUGUGUUGUUUUUGAGGGGUUGCCCUUUAGGUUGUUUAAUUGCGUUGUUUAAGGAGUCUGUCUUAACGUUGUUUAUUUACGUUGUUUGAGGAGUAGACCUUUACGUUGUUUAAUUACGUUGUUUAAUUACGUUGUUUGAGGAGUCAUCCUUUACGUUGUUUAAUUACGUUGUUUGAGGAGUCGUCCUUUUAAUUACGUUGUUUAAGGAGUCUGUCUUAACGUUGUUUAUUUACGUUGUUUGAGGAGUAGCCCUUUACGUUGUUUAAUUACGUUGUUUAAUUGCGUUGUUUGAGGAGUCGCCCUUUACGUUGUUUAAUUACGUUGUUUGAGGAGUCGUCCUUCACAUUGUUUAAUUACGUUGUUUAAGGAGUCUGUCUUAACGUUGUUUAUUUACGUUGUUUGAGGAGUCGCCCUUUACGUUGUUUAAUUGCGUUGUUUGAGGAGUCGCCCUUUACGUUGUUUAAUUACGUUGUUUAAUUAUGUUGUUUAAUUACGUUGUUUAAUUACGUUGUUUAAUUACGUUGUUUAAUUGCGUUGUUUGAGGAGUCGCCCUUUACGUUGUUUAAUUGCGUUGUUUGAGGAGUCGCCCUUUACGUUGUUUCAUAGGCUUAUCUUACCUGAUGUGGAAUUUUGCUGCAUUGGUGUUAGUGGUGGCAGGGUCUGCUCUGAUCAGUCAACCUGCUGUAUGACCAAUGGAGGAUACGCCUGCUGUCCCUUCCCUGAAUGGGUACGAAACUAAUUUGACACCACUAGUGUAAAUGUAGUUCUUCAAUGGUGAAAUAAACUUUUCGGUCAAAACGAAGAACCUCAUCAGAGCUCACUGAGAGGUAUUAGAGAUUCAUUACAUAUGAAUUACAAGGUAUUCACAGAUCACCUCAUAACUUUUAUUUUCACUAUGUUUGUAAGUAGUGUUGCUCUAACAUAACCCACUGUUGCCUGUCUGGAUACAGCUGCAACACCACGGAACAGAUGUGUGUGAAAUAUUACCAACCAUAGAGUAGUGUGCCCAUGCAGAACAAGGUGGCUGCAGAGGAACCACGCUCUCCUGUCUUUCCCCCACUUGAGUCUGAUAUCAUCCCAGAGCAAUGCUGCAGCAAUUCUGCAACAGUGGAGAGCUCUGUCUCUAUGGUGCACUGUGAUUGCUCAAAUAUCUGCCCUGCUGCCGUCACCCCGAGGGCGGGUGGAGCUACUGUCUAUUUUCCCCUAGCGUGUGCUGUCUGGAUGGUGUCCAGUGCUUUCCUUAUGGUUAUAAGUGUGACCACAUGCACACUAAGUGUCUGAAGACCGACGGCCUGAGCAGGUCCCAUGGACACCACUUGGUUGCCGUUGACAUUACCCAACAUGGCUGAGUCAUUCACUGCCACAGGAAAUCAACUGACCUCCGGCUACAAUAACCCGUUAUGGCAAGGGAAACACUGGCAAAUACUGUUGUCUAUAGCCAUCUAAGCCAAACUCACAAGAUUUUCUUUUGAAUUACAUUUUGCCUAACUACUGAGAUUGGGAUUGUACACUUUUUGUGAAUGCAUUAUAUGUACACGAAUGGGGAAUCAUGACCCCCUCAUUGUUGAUUUCAUAAAACAGACAGGUCAAUAAAAUAAAUGAUAAUUAUUGUAUCUACUGGCUACAUUCAUUAAGGGAUGUAGGUUGGGGUUGUAGGGUAACAUGGUAUCAACAUCUUGUACUGGUUUUUCUACCCCUGGUAACUAGCAAGUACUUCUACCACCAAUUUAAAAUGUUUUAUGCAAAUAUAAAUUAUGCACAUGGAAUCAAAUUAUUUUUGGCUGCUGGCAUCAAAACUGAAGCAGACUCCUGGGGGACCAUGGAGACAGGAGGGACAUCUGCUGUUGGCUACUGCAUAAAUGUUGGUCACCCCUAAGAAUUGGGAUUUGUUACUUUUAUGUUGAAGUAAAACAAUUAUGCAUAAUUCUGGUUCUGGAAAUAAUAAAAUAAUAGGUAAACAUUAAUGCACUCAGUAUAUGGAUGUAUUACGCGCAUUGCAACUAAAUGCCCAGAUUGUGCCUGCUUGACUGUCCUGAUGCAACAAAGUAUUAAUUAUGGCUAAACUCUGCCUACUUCUACAAUUUAUAUUCUUAAAAUUCAAUGUGAAACCUAACCCUAACGACACUGCUAAACGUAUGCCUAACACUAGACAUAAAUGUUUUUUCAUACAUUUUUACGAUAUAGCCAAUUUUGCCUUUAUGGCUGUGGAUCCUAGUGGAAACCACUUCCCACCGGAGGCGUUCUCCCACGAGCAAGUGUGCUUGUUUGUAACCACGGCAACGUCGGUCGACCAAAGGCAAAACAAGGUAAUUCCCCCCAAAAUUCCCAAGCAUGACUGCAACAAUGUCCAAGUCUCCUGGGGCUGGCAUGUAUCCCCCAAUAGCAAAACUCAACUUGGCUGCAGACCCCAGGAAGAUGCGCAGGAUCAUUGCAGAAGAUCCAGAGUGGUCCCUCACUGUAGUGCCCCUUUUAUCCAACCUCUGCCUGCAACACAUAGUGAGAAACUUUGAGGAGAAGCCCAUCCUGGAAGAACUUCUUCCCAGGCACAAAGACUAUGUCCUGGAGAGGCUCUCUCCGUCCCUGCCCCUGCAGGUCACUGCCAACCUGAUCAGCGACGACGGCUACUGGAAGCGCUGCUGCAAACAACGCUGGGGCCUGUGUGACGUCUCCUCAUAUGGCCACAGCUGGAAACGAAUGUUCUUUGAGAGGCACCUGGAGAACAUCAUCGAGCUCUACAUUCCUGAUGCCACUGACCCCAAGACGGUGCUGGGCAUGGUGCCUCUGUGCCGGAACUACGUGAAGAGGCUGGACAUCUCACAGCUGAUGCCGCCAAUCAAGGAACCCCAGAAGUCAGAGGACGACGACAACUCUGACUCGGCCAGCGACAUGGGCAUGGAUGGGCCAUCCAUGGACCACUUUGACUUUGGCAUCCUGCUGGACAAGCUGAGCCAUCUGGAGGAGUUUCACGUGGUCUACCGGGUCAAGGGAUGCGGCAUGAACUUUGAGUGGAACCUCUUUGAGUUCACCUUCCGCGACUGCGAGUCGCUGGCCAAGGCCUUGAAGUCCUGUAAGACCUUGAGGGUGCUGAGGAUCCACCAAAGCAAAGUGGAUGACGAGAAGUGUCGUCAGCUUGUGAACAACCUCCUGGACCACCCGUCCCUCAAGGAGCUCAACCUCUCCCACAACCUCAUCGGGGACCGGGGAGCCCGGGCCAUCGGCAAGCUGCUCAACAGGAGUAAGCUGGAGAGCCUCACUGUCUACGACAACAACAUUCGGGGGCCGGGGGCCCAGGCUAUAGCCUACGCCCUGGCCAAGAACUCCAGCCUGCUGUCCCUCAACCUGCGUCUGAACCGGCUGGGGGACGAGGGGGGCCAGGCCAUCGCCCAGGCCCUGCUGAAGAACCGCACCCUGAAAUGGCUGCACCUGGGAGGCAACGGAAUGACAGAGCCCACAGCCACGGUCCUUUCCCAAGUCCUGGUCCAGAAUAAUACGCUGAGGAGCAUCAACCUGUCCUGUAACAGGCUGGGUAUGGAUGGUGGUAAAGUGUUGGAGGAGGGCAUGUGUCACAACAGCAGCAUGGUGGAGUGUGAUAUCCGCCUGACAGAGGUGGGCCAGGAGAGCGACUACUGCAUCAGCCAGGUGGUACGCAACAAUCAGAACCAAGCACACAGGAAACACAACACAGAAGAGAACCUAGCCUAAACUUCAGAGCAUUAUUAAAUACAAAGAAGAAUCAUCACUGAAUUAUCACAGUGAAUUAUUGUAAUGUUUGUUUAUGUGUCAAUUAAUCCCGUAAGGGAUGGGUUGCCAGCUGGUGAUUUGACAUGAAAAUACAUUUUCAUUCAUUCAUAUAAACAUACAGCCCAUUUAUGUUCACCAAAGUGCCACUUUGUCAUAUAUUGUAGACAGGAUGCCUACUAUUUGUUUCAUAUCUGCAAAGUUAUUAAAUGUAGCGAUGUCUGUAAUGUGUUACCACUGAAAUCAGAAGAUAGCUAAAUAGGCUACACCACUGUACCUUUGGCCCAUGGAAAAUAACCCCAGUUUAUUAGGAUGUAAUAAAUGGGCUUGGUCCGAAGGUCAGGGAUGAAUAGUGACAUAGGUGUUAUUUUGGGAUGACUUCAGGUUGUUGAGAUCCACCACUGAGCUAUGGGGCACCUUCACUGUAUGUAGGCUACUCAUUGUUUGUAUUCACUGUUUAGUAAAUGUACAAAGUGGAGUUAUAUAUUUAAGGAAUAAGGCCCGAGGGGGUGUGGUAUAUGGCCAAUAUACCACGGCUAAGGGCUGUUCUUGUGUACGACGCAACGCGCAGUGCCUGGAUACAGCCCUUAGCCCGUGGUAUAUUGGUCAUAUGCCACAAACCCCCAAGGUGACUUAUUGCUAUUAUAAAUGGGUUACCAACAAUUAGAGCUGUAAAAAUAAAUGUUUUGUCAUACCCGUGGUAUACCACGGCUGUCAGCCAAUUAGCAUAUAAAUUAGGUUGGAAAGUUGGAUAUACUGGUAAAUAUAGGAUUUAUAUUCUUUUACCACAUGGGUUUCAGUGUGUACAUGUUAUUAGUCGUAUGUAAAAAGACACAUUAUGUUUCAACAAUUUUACAAGCUGUUUUAUUGAGUUAGCCUUUUUCCACUUUAGAUACACAGAUUUGGUUUGCGGUCAUUGUAACUGUAUUAUGCAACAUCAAGGCAACAUUGUGAUAUUGUCAAUAUACAGUUGAAGUCAGAAGUUUACAUACAUUUAUGUUGCAGUCAUUAAAACUCGUUUUUUCAACCA